AAUUUGUCUCUGAGGUUCUUGCACAACAGCUAGCAUAAAGAACAACAAUUCUGUCCCAGACUAUUGCAUAUUUACUACUCAACAGUGCCAACCACUGGCUCUCUUGAUACCAAAUAGCAGUCAUCAAGGCACAGAUGCAGUGUAUGUGAUGGAGACUCAAUAUACUGCAAUGUCUUUCUUCCUGCACAAAAAAUUGAAGAAACUGGGUUUGAAAGCUGACAGCAAACCCAUGGAGAUGGAGCCAGCUUCUGCGGCUGAUGAAACAUCAUCCCAACACCUAUCUCAAGAUGGAGACAAGCAGCCAGCCGGACCACCUGGUGGAGCCACAAAUGACAGCCUGUCCCAGGACAGUAUAGACCUGACAGACAGAGUGGCCACCCUGGAACAGAGGGUCCAGCUGCAGGAGGAUGAGAUCCAGCUCCUCAAGUCUGCGCUAGCUGACGUCCUCAGGAGGCUGGGCCAGUAUGAAGAAAAAGACAGGAAAACAAACAAACCACGACCGCCAGUCCUGCCAUCCAGACCCACUAUAUCUAAUGGAGGCACCAACACACCUAAAAAGGCCGACCACUCCAUAUCAGGGAGACAGCAGACCCCACCAACACCUACCUCCUACACACAUGGCAUCAGCCAGAGAAGUCCCAUGCCUUCACCCAAAACUCCACACAGGGAAAUCAAGAGGUGGUCAUCAGGGGACGCGUCUUCUGGUCAACCCAGAAUCCGCCAUGACAGUGCAGGAUCUGACCAUUCUACUGACUCUUCCUCACCUCGCAAACUUAAGGCCAGCAGUGGCAAACCACCCCUUCCCCCUAAGAAUAUUUCCAAGAGGAGUCGCAGUAGUUCACUGGAUAGAACAUCAAUACUCAGGCAGAGUGGGAGAAGAGGGUCUGGUAGUCAAAGUCAUAGUCCAAGGGAAGCUUCACAUGUGCAAGGUGGAGUGAGGCCUCCAAGAAGCCCCUCUUGUCAGGAGGGAGCGGUGCGGAUGUUCCUUCGAGGACGACCCAUCACCAUGUACAUGCCCACCAACAUGAUGGAAACAUAUAAUUUCAAGGAGAAGGGAACCUUACCAGCAGAGAAGCUCAAGCUGGAGUGGGUUCGUGUACUUUGUUGCAGCAGUGGUGGUACUGUACAACGUGGAUGAACAGCUGCCAAGACACUACCUGGGUCACAAUGAUGACGUCAAGUGCCUUGCAGUUCAUCCAGACAGGAUCACUAUAGCGACAGGGCAAGUGACUGGACAUGGCAGAGAUGGAGAGCUGGAUACGUACAAGAAUGUGGACUCCUUCUACAACAAGGAUGUGGAGUUCUGGUACAGGGCCCAUGUGCGCGUCUGGGACUCCGUCACUCUCCACACUCUGCAUGUAAUCGGAGCUGGCGACUUUGAACGUGGAGUUUGUUGUGUGGCAUUCUCCAAAUCAGAUGGUGGAGCACAUCUCCUGGCAGUGGAUGAAGCCAACGAGCACAUCCUGUCUGUGUGGGAGUGGCAGAAGGGAGAAAAGGGCCACAAAAUCACGGAAACCAAGGCUGCCAAUGAGCCGGUGUUGGCAGCAGAGUUUCACCCCACGGAGAAGAACCAGAUAGUGACCUGUGGGAAGUCCCAUAUCUGCUUCUGGACGCUGGAGGACAACAAGCUCAGCAAGAAGCAGGGCGUCUUUGAGAAACAUGACAAGCCCAAGUACGUGCUUUGUCUAGCCUUUGCUGAGAAUGGAGAUGCCAUCACUGGGGACUCCAAUGGAAACAUCUUUGUCUGGGGAAAAGGUACCAACCGUAUCAGCUGUGCCAUGGUGGGUCCCCACGAUGGAGGGAUCUUCUCGGUAUGUGUGAUGAAGGAUGGCACGCUGGUGUCUGGUGGGGGGAAGGACCGCAAACUCAUCGCCUGGGACAGGAACUACCAGCAGACUGGGGCAGAAAGUGAGAUAGCAGAGGUGACAGGGCCAGUCCGAACCAUCACCCAGGGCAAGGGUGACGAUGUGUUUGUGGGAACCACCCGUAAUGCCAUCCUCCGUGGAAGGGUUGGCGAGCCAUUUGAACCUACUGUUGAGGCUCAUACAGAUGAGCUGUGGGGUCUAGCGGCCCACCCCAACCAGCACCUGUUCCUGACGUGUGCUUACGACAGACGAGUUUUCCUGUGGAAUGCUGACACCCACACGCCUGUCUGGUCAAAAAUCUUGGAGGACCCUGCCCAGUCAGCGGAGUUUCAUCCCAAUGGGACAGUUGUGGCCAUCGGACUGCAGUCUGGCCGCUGGCUGGUGCUGGACACGUCCAGCAAAGACCUGGUGACGGUGCACACCGACGGGAACGAGCAGCAUGACUGUGUACGCUACUCGCCUGAUGGGAACUUCCUGGCUGUCGGGUCUCACGACAAUAUCAUCUACCUGUACUCUGUGACUGAGGAGGGCAGAAAGUACAGCAGGGUUGGCAAACUCACCGGACACUCCAGCUUUGUAACCCAUCUAGACUGGUCCAGCGACAGCCAGUACAUCAGGAGCAACUCAGGGGACUACGAGAUUUUGUAUUGGAGCGCUGCCAUGUGUCGCCAGGUACCUGCUGCAGCCUCUCUACGAGAUGUGGAGUGGGCCACAGCCACGUGUACUCUCAACUUCCAGGUCUUUGGCAUGUGGCCCGAGGGUUCAGAUGGCACCGACAUCAACGGCUCUGCCUGCUCCAAGUCUGGCAAGCUGCUGGCCAACGCUGACGACUUUGGGAAGGUCAAUCUGUUUAAGUACCCCUGCUGCCAGCCACGGUCUCCCUCCCACAGCUACCCUGGCCACAGCAGUCAUGUGACCACAGUGGACUUCCUCCAUGAUGACAGCACUCUGCUGUCCACUGGGGGAAAGGACAAUAGCAUCUUCCAGUGGAAGGUCGUGGCUUAGUCCAGACGAUAGCCAUUCAAGUCAAGACCUUCUUGUAUUAUGUCAAAAGGAUGCAGAAAAUGACCACAAGAGCUAUUAAGGGCACUCCUGUCAUACCCACCAUUCUUACUAAUAUAUAACUAUUGUUGAACACUGAACUCAAGGAUUAAAGUUACUAUUCUACUCUUUCACACAACUUCCAGCUACAUUUUGCUUCUUGAAGGCAACACUUUUGUAAACUUGAGGCAUGAGGUAUGUCGCCAUGUUGUGUCUCUUUAUGUCUAUUUAACUGAAGAAAAGAUGCAAUACCCAAGGCAUUUGUACACAAAUGUGCUUUUAAGAGAUGCAGUACAUAUACAGAUGUAUGCAUCAGUGCUGUGUGUACUAACCUAUUUACGGUGCUACUUGUGGAGCUAUCCGUGAAUCCAGUGCUUGUGAAGUACAUAGCUUCUUCACUUUUGUGUACAUCUUCAUUUUGCAAUAUUAGGUGUAUUAUACUAUUUAUAGUACUGAAGGACACUAUAAUAAGUACAUUGCACAUGCAAAGGGUUUAUUACCAGGUGGCUCAACAUGGCAAAGUGAAAGACAGAUAUGUUGCACACAUUUAUAAUGUGGUUAAGAAUUCAAACAACAUAGUGGCAGACCUGUUGCAAUGUAUUGUGUACUACUGAAUAAAAUGCAGUAACCUGUUGAGACUGCAGUGAGCUUGUACAUGUAGUUGAUAGGCAUUGUUAUGUGUACCACCUUCCUGUUCAGUCUACUUCUACCCAAACUUUGAAAGACUUUGCUACAGUCUGACUUGAUAUGUUGGAUUUUAUGAAUGAGCUACAAUAUGUAGACAAGGUAGUGAUUCACUGACCUCAGAAUAUACUAACCCUAAGCAAUUAUUAAAGAAUUUGUUGGCAAGGCAGUAUUGUGGGAAAGUUGCUUGUGUAGUAUUGAUGAGCAGACUGGUGUGUCGUACAAUACCUGCAGUCCAGGCAUGGUGCUGCUGCUGCUUUGUAUCUGUUGCCUUUAUGGUCGACUUUUAUAAAUGAAAAAAACAUGAGGUAAAAAGUGAAGUGUGGUAUAUGGAAAGUGAGGUUAUGGGUUAUGAUAGGUGUGGAAACAAUGCACAGAAAGUGGGUCCAUUUCAUCAGUUCUACUAGAUACAGUGUGAUGGUGGUUCAGCACCAGGGAGAGUGUGUGAACUUGGCUUUAUGCUAAGAUCUCAUGAGUCCUCAAUCCUACUUUUGAGAAACUAAAUUGGACAGCUAUGUGCAAUAUAUGUAAAGGUUUACAAACAGCUGUGCAAAGUUUUGUUGUGCUACUUUUUUUUUCAAGAUACAAGCAUGAUGCUUAUCAUGAAUAUGAUGUGUUUUCAGCAAACCACCUAUACUCGAUUAAUCAUUUGUGUCCAGCAACAUUUUCAUAUUUUUUUACAUAGACAUUUACUGUGACUGUCUUGCAACAAUUGUGCAUUUCUGUAGAAAGGAUAGAAAUUAUGUGUAGCAAGAUGUUUCUAACUGAAUGAUAACAGGUGAGCAUCUUCAACAUCACAACACUAGACACAAUAUGCCUAUGCUCCUUCUUAAAUACGUCUUAGCAUGAAAGUUCACCUGUGUUGGUAAACUGCAUUAUAGACUGAAGACUAAACUUAGCAAAACCACCACCAGAAUGAAUUGAAACUUACCACAGAGUUUUUGGGGUUAGUCCCAGUUCCUUCAAGUGUUGGUUUCGUAAAGUUUAAUCUUUUGUUUCAUGUCAGUCGGGUAUGAGUGAAUGAAUGGAAUGGGCCCACUGCUCAUGUGCCUACUACACUCUGGUGCUGUGGUGGAACCUGUCAGUUAAGCUCACUACCAACAAUGUUGGUAUAUGUGGAAACAUCUGUGAUCAGAUCGGAGGAAGACUUUUGUAUGGUAUUUAUUGAAGAAAGAUGUACCUUUCAAUUAAAAAAGAAAUGCUUUCCUA